UUCGGAGCCAGUAAUGAGCGUCUGUGCCUUUGAACUCCAGCUCUCCAGAGCACGGCUGCACUCGCGCUAUAAAUAAAGUUAAGGGCCAAGCAGAGGGCGAGCAUUGAGCUGGGCUGAACGAAGGAGGAGGGUUUCCCGCUCUUUCCCCCUCCGCGCCUGCCGUUGUUUCUCCUGCUGCCGCCGCCGCCACCCGCCCGCCAUGGCCUGCGUGGACAGAUGCCGCUGUUGCACGGACAGCAGGAGGCAGAGCAGCAUCCUCUACAACAUCCUGAAGAGCGAGGAGCAGCAGCAGCAGGAGGCGGGAAGCGGGCAGUCGGCCCCGCAGCAGCCGGGCCCGGGAGGACACGCGACGACAGGGUUAGGCUGCUCGUGCGGCUCGCAGAGGCGAGUGGCUCUCAAGAGCCCGCAGGUGGCGUGUAAGGCGGCUUCGGCCGUGCUGGUGAAGACGCUGCGCUUCGUCAAGAACGUGCCCUGCUUCCAGGAGCUGCCCCUGGACGAGCAGCUGGUGUUGGUGCGCAGUUGCUGGGCUCCCCUGCUCGUGCUGGGGCUGGCCCAGGACCGCGUGCACUUCGAGACCGUGGAGACCAGCGAGACCAGCAUGCUGCACAGGAUAUUGACCAACAAGGGGCGCGACGACAACGACGAGGAGGAACCUUCGCCCGUGCUGCUUCGCAAGGCUCCCAAGUUGCUGGGGUCGCCGCCGCAGCCCUGCGGGAGCAGCAGCCCUAAACUGCCCUUAGUGGGGGAGAUCCAAGCCAUCAAAGGCUUCCUGGCCAAGUGCUGGAGUUUGGACAUCAGCACCAAGGAGUACGCCUAUCUCAAGGGGACGGUCCUCUUCAAUCCGGAAUUGCCAGGGCUCCACUGUGUCCAGUAUAUCCAGGGACUACAGCAAGAAGCACAGCAAGCCCUAAAUGAACAUGUCAGAUUGAUUCACAGAGGGGACCAGGCCAGAUUUGCCAAACUGAAUGUGGCUCUGUCCAUGCUCAGAUCUAUCAAUGCCAAUGUUAUUGCUGAACUUUUCUUUAGGCCCAUCAUUGGAGCAGUGAAUAUGGAUGACAUGCUGUUGGAGAUGCUGUGUGCAAAGUUAUGA